CAAAACCCGGCUUCAUGAUCGGCUCAUUUUGGAACCUUUGUAGAGCGUGUCCAUCAAUGCCUGUAGAUAAGCUCCAUUCGGAAUAUAGAAGUACCUAUCGAUGGCACGAAUACACCGGAGGUCCCGAUGUCGUAAGAAAACCACCUGUGCCAAAUCAAUUCGCCAGCUCGAAGGCGGAUCACUUUUUCUCGAAAUCAACGGAGGACGAAAAGUUUAUCGAAGCUUCGAUCAACGAACCGCCCUUGCCGAGGAGGAAAAAAUGUCCCGAGCUUGCCUAUCGGACGAACGAGUUUCUGGCUACUCGAGCUCAAAAUAAUGCCGCGGGCCACGAUCGUACCGAUACGGCGGCGGUGGCGACCCAGAACAGAGCAAGGUCUGAAGAGCGUGGAACACCUUCCCGUCGCAGUAAAUCGGAAGGACCGCCGGCAGGAGUCGCCAAUGGAAGGCUUCCGACCGGGACGGGAUACGUGAACGGAACCGCCGAGCCGCCGGUCUCGAGCGAGCGCAGGGCACUGGAACAGGCGGGUGAGUCUUCUACUAGUGGACUUUUCAAAAAAACCAUUACCAAACUGAGCACAGAGUAUCGGCUUCAGUUCGUGUGGCCACACGUGCGCCGCGCGAUCAAGGGCGGUCCCGUCGGCGGCGGCGGCGGCGCCCCGGCAGCGGUCCACGGCGGAGGCGAUGCUGACGGUGCGGACGCAGUCGAUGCGCCGCCGCGCAAGUCCCUCUCGAUGGGGGCCCUCCGGGCGGCUCAGACCGGAACCGCCGGUGGCGGUGGCACCAUCGCUUCCGUACACAAAAAACGAACGACUAACGAGCGAGAAGCCACCGCGACCGAGCUCGAGCCCCUGUUCAAUGACUGCGAGCCAGCGAUGGAGAAGCAGCAGCAGCAGCAUACCGAAAAGCGCGACAUGGCGCGUGUGGUCGAGCAGAAGGUGCGGGCGCUGCGCAUUGAGAAGGAGAAGUUUGGCUUCGAGCCGGAAGGGGGCGAGCGGGCCAGGGCCCAGGCCAACUCCGGCAUCGACAACGCCUGGUACAAGGAGGUGCUGGAGCUGCGGAAGAAGGCCGGCGAGUACCGGAACCGUGGUUGGGGCGUCGAGAUGAAUCCGGAUCUCUUCAACAAGCAGGUCGAGCUGUGGGACCAGGUGUCCCGCCGUAGCUCCCUGAGUGCCCUCUCGUUGGCAUCCAGCGUACGGCCAAUUACGAAGGAAGAGAAGGAGAAGGAAAACAACAAGAAGAGUUCGCCGACCAAACCGGCCACUCGCCGUGCCGUGCCCGGUGGGGCACGGCCGGUCGAGAUCCAGAAGGCUCUGCCCGAAGGGCUGAACUUCUCGGCCGCCGGCGCCACCAGCAGCCGCAGCCGCAAGGAGGCCAUCCGCCACCACCUGGAGCGCACGACGGGUCCCGACGUGGAGGAUGGGGCCCUUCUGCCGUCGCCGACCCGUGAGAAGCUGAUGCCCACGAUACCGCGCUCGAAGGCCGACAGUCCGCAGCGGGGCAGCCCCUCGAAGACGGCUCUCUCGCGGCACGGAAGCCCCCAGAAGGGAAGCCCACAGAAGAGCAGCCCCAAGAAGGUGUCCGGCAAGGGCCGAUCGCAGUCCGUCGGACCGGCCGUCGCCGGGGCCGAGGGCGGUGCCGCCGGCGCCGGCGGGGCACCGGGAUCUCCGAAGCGGCAGAUCCGCUCCGGCAGCACGGUGGCGUCCGCGACGGCCGCUUCCACCGCGAAAACGCACAAGAAGACUCCGACGUCGGCGACCGCGCCGGCCAUCGCGCACAACCCGCCGCACGCCGGCCCCCAACCGGAACGGAGACCCCGCCCGACGUCCCUUUCCACCACCAAUCAUUCUCGCUCGAAAAGCAGCACGCUGCCCGCGAGCCGCCUCCACCCUCCGCAUACCACCGGCAUUCUCACGAACCUCACCAACAACAAUCAUCUUCCCAAUGCAUCACCAUCAUCAUCCGCUGCCGCCGCCACCGGUGCCCCGGUAGCGAGCGCUGCCGCCCGCGCCAAGCUCUCCCUGGCCACGGGUGGUGGGCUGGCUGGCGGUAGAAGGCAGCCGGCCGGCCAGAUGUCGCGGCCAACGAAACCCACCAGUCUGGCCAGCGACUCCUCCGCCCCUUCCUCCGCGUCCAGCACGCUGAGGAAGCGGGCGCGGGUGGCCGCCGCUAGCGGGGGCGGCGUGGGCGCUGGUGGCCGGGGCAGCGGCGGCACCGCCGCCGCCAGAUCGGUCGAAGCGGACAAAACAAAAUUGCCCACCGGAAAUGUCGAGGAUGCCGACAAGGACAGCGUUCCGGUCCCGGUGAUCGCCGGUACCACACCGAGCGCGCUGCCGCCGCCGCCGGAGAUCCUGGAGCAGAUAAUCAAAUCGCCGCCGGAACCGACGCGCGUCAAGUCACCGGAGCAGAUCAUUAUGCGUUCGCCGGACCCGGUCAACUGGACGGUGCCGCUCGAUACUGGGAAAACGUUCACCGUCACGCAAAAUGUUCGGGAAGGCGAUCCAAUGAUUCGUCCGCACAGUGAAAUCAAGGCGUCAACACCAGUGGACCAGCCACCACCACCGCCACAGUCGGCACCGCCAGAGCUUUCGGAACAAUCGAAAAUGCCCAACACCAAACUGGAGCCCAGCUCGAUCAAGGAGUCGGAAGAUGAAGACGAUGAUUUGCCGAGAUCAAAAUCAUCCGUUGCUUCGUCGAUCAACCCAACGUCGGUCGCCAUCUCGGAACCGAUGACCGUUUCGCAGCCACCACCACCGCCACCAUCAGCUGGGGCUGAUGCUGGGCCGCAGAAGGUACUGGCUGACGCACCGCCAUCGGGUGCCCCGGAGCCGGCGGCCACGGAGCCUACUACGGCUCGCUUCGACAAACCUGUACCGGGUUCGACCCUUCGCUGUUUGGACGAUCCGGCGUUCGAGUCGGACAUCAAUUCGCCGCUGGGCAAUCGAAGCGUCGCGACGGAAGUGCUGGACAAGGCCCGCGAUCGGUUCGAUCGCUUCUGGGGCAAUCCGAACGAGAAGCCGGACGAACCGUAA